AUGCUGCCAGCCAACCACAGCUCCUUGCCCCCCACCACCUACAUCUUGACUGGCAUCCCAGGGAUGGAGGCCUUUCACAUCUGGAUCUCCAUCCCCUUCUGCCUGAUGUACAUCGUGGCUCUGGUGGGGAAUAGCACUCUGCUGUUCAUCAUCUUCACAGAGCGCAGCCUCCACCAGCCCAUGUACUUCUUCCUCUCCAUGCUGGCUGUCACUGACUUGCUUCUGUCCACCUCCACCGCUCCCAAAAUGCUGGCCAUCUUCUGGUUCAAGGCUGGGGAGAUCUCCUUUGAAGGUUGCCUAGCCCAAAUGUUCUUCAUCCACAGCGUCUUCAUCACUGAGUCGGCCAUCCUCAUGGCCAUGGCCUUUGACCGCUACAUCGCCAUCUGCGACCCGCUGCGCUACACCACCUUGCUGACCAAUUCAGUCAUCCGGAGAAUUGGGCUGGCUGCCAUGGUCAGAAGCUUCUGCGUGAUUUUCCCGGUCAUCUUCCUCGUCAAGCGCUUGACGUUCUGCCAACGCAACAUCCUUCCCCACACGUACUGCGAGCACAUGGGCAUCGCCCGGCUGGCUUGCUCCGACAUCACGGUCAACAUCUGGUAUGGCUUCAUGGUGGCCAUCUUGGCCAUCGGUGUGGACACCUUGCUGAUAGCAGCAUCGUACGGUCUGAUCUUGAGGGCUGUGUUUCGGCUCUCCUCCAAAGACGCUCGCCUGAAGGCACUCAGCACCUGCGGCUCCCACCUCUGUGUCAUCCUCAUGUUCUACACACCUGCAUUCUUCUCCUUCUUUGCUCAUCGCUUUGGCCACCACAUCCCAGGCUAUGUUCACAUCCUACUGGCCAACUUGUAUGUCCUCAUCCCUCCCAUGCUGAACCCCAUUGUUUAUGGGGUGAAGACCAAGGAGAUCCUGAGGAGAGUCACCAGUUUGUUCCACCAAUGUUUCAACAGACCAGUUACCUAA